GCAUUAUCCUUCAUUACUCCAUGUACUUUUGUACCCACGGAGUUCAAUCACUUUAACAAAACUGCCCAUCAGUGUUCCUUGGGGCAUCUCACGGUGGCCUUCUGUCUUCAAGCCUGGAUGUGCGAAGGUGCAGCUCUGCCGCCAUCACUGAGCAAAGCCAGCGCCCGCUCCAAGAAACCCGACCGCAAUCACUCAGGACCCUGGAGGAGGCUGCGCCUCACGACGUCAUCCAAGAUGGAGUCGCAGCCGGGCCUUCUGGGAAGCGUAGUUCUGGAGUAGGGCUCGGGAAACGUUCUGCGCAUGUGCAGUGUCGUCUCUUUUCUGGCGUUGGCGUUUUUGUCUUACGCCCUAGGGUGGGGAGAGGAGUCCGGUGCUUCCGGGUCUCGGCUGGGCCGCAAAGGGCGGGGCCUGGGCCCGGCGCUGGCCAGGAGCAGAGGCCGAGACCCUGCAGGUGAUUCCUGGGGCUGCCAGAUAAGGUCCCUUAUGAUUUCUGCUCUGGCUUUGUAGUUUUCAGCCUUUCCCAAGAGCAACAGAAAAUGAACAAGAUCCAGGGACCCGUGACAUUAAAGGAUGUUAUUGUGGAAUUCACCAAGGAGGAAUGGAAGUUACUGACUCCUGCUCAGAGGACUCUGUAUAAGGAUGUGAUGCUGGAAAACUAUAGUCACCUGGUCUCAGUAGGUUACCAUGUGAAUAAGCCAAAUGCAGUCUUCAAGUUGAAGCAAGGAAGAAAGCCGUGGAUAUUAGAAGUAGAAUAUCCACAUCGGGGUUUCUCUGAAGACCUAUGGAGUAUUCAUGAUCUAGAAGCAAGAUACCGGGAAAGCCAAGCUGGAAAUUCAAGGAAUGGAGAACUCACAAAACAUCAGAAAACUCGUACCACAGAGAAAGCCUAUGAAUGUAAGGGAUGUGGGAAGUUCUUCUGCCAGAAGUCUGCCCUCGUAGUACAUCAGCAUACUCACUCAAAGGGCAAAUCCUAUGACUGUGAUAAAUGUGGGAACUCUUUCUCCAAAAAUGAAGACCUCACAAGACAUCAGAAAAUUCACACGAGAGAUAAAACCUAUGAGUGUAAAGAAUGUAAGAAAAUAUUUUACCACCUAUCAUCUCUCAGUAGACAUCUGAGAACCCAUGCAGGAGAGAAACCCUACGAAUGUAAUCAGUGUGAGAAAUCCUUCUACCAGAAACCACAUCUCAUGGAACAUCAGAAAACACACACAGGGGAGAAACCUUUUGAAUGUACUGAAUGUGGGAAGUUCUUCUAUGUGAAGGCAUACCUCAUGGUACAUCAGAAGACACACACAGGGGAGAAACCCUAUGAGUGUAAGGAGUGUGGGAAAGCCUUUUCCCAGAAGUCACACCUCACAGUACAUCAGAGAACACACACAGGGGAGAAACCCUAUAAAUGUAAGGAAUGUGGGAAAUUCUUCUCUAGGAAUUCACACCUCAAAACUCAUCAGAGAACUCACACAGGAGAGAAACCCUAUGAAUGUAAGGAAUGUAGGAAAUGCUUCUACCAGAAGUCAGCCCUCACAGUACAUCAGCGAACUCACACAGGGGAGAAACCCUUUGAAUGUAAUAAAUGUGGGAAAACCUUUUACUAUAAAUCAGACCUCACUAAACAUCAGAGAAAACACACAGGGGAGAAGCCCUAUGAAUGCACAGAAUGUGGCAAAUCUUUCUCUGUGAAUUCGGUCCUCAGAUUACAUCAAAGGACUCACACAGGAGAGAAGCCCUAUGCAUGCAAGGAAUGUGGGAAGUCCUUUUCUCAGAAGUCACAUUUUAUUAUACAUCAGAGAAAACACACAGGGGAGAAGCCCUAUGAGUGUCAGGAGUGUGGGGAAACCUUUAUCCAGAAGUCACAACUCACUGCACAUCAGAAGACACACACAAAGAAGAGGAAGGCUGAGAAGCAAGAUGAGUUGGGAAAUUCUCUUGACUGAAUUCAUCCUUCAGAACAAUCAGAUAAUUCACACAAGAGGUACACCUUAUGAAUCACAUCAAUAUAGGGAAAUUUUCAGCUACAAUCUUUGCUCUUUCUGUGUAUCAGCAAAUACAGAGAUUCUGUACAUUUAUUUGGGAGAAAAUUUUGUCAUAUUGUAGACUUUUCUAAAUAUUAGAUAAUAUAGAUGACAGAAGUCAUGCAAAUUGUAAAACAGGAGGGAAACCUUUCAGAAGUCAUACUUUUGUUUUGCAACAUAGAAAUCACACAGGAGAGAAAUCCUGUGAGUAAAAUGAAUGUCAAGACAUUUUCUGUCAGGGCAGCCAGCUGUAGACAUCCAAAAGCUCAUAAGUGAGAAACUCCUUGAGUAUCCAGAAAUCUCUUUACACAAUUGGAGCUCAUAUACUAAAGAAUUCAAAGGGAUAACUGCAAAGACGGUGGCAGAUACAGAAGCCUUUAUUAAGAAUUGAUGUUUCAUUCAAUGUCAGAUCACUGGUACUUGGAUAGAUAUUUUAAAUAUUUGGAAGGUGUUCAACAAAAAUUCCAAUAAUUUGUACUGAGGGAAACAGUUAUACUAGAAAUCAUGUUGCAGGUCUGAUGCCAAGAUUGCUCUGUUUUAAAAGGAAACCUGCAAAUGUCUACAUAUAUGAAGCUUUUAAAAAGCACAAAGUAUCAGGCAACAUCAUUAAACAUACAUUAAAUGUUUUUUGGUAUAUAGGACUGUGUGUAUGUGAGUGUGCUAUAACAUGUAACUUGUGGAUGUUCAAUGUGCAUGUGGAAUCCACCCAUAAUUGUACAUAGGGAAAUACGUAACCUUAGUAGUUCAGUAACUAUUAUGCCUAUGAAGAUGUUGCACAUUAAGUCUCAGUAGUGACUCUUGUUGUUAAUAUUUGUAUUGUAAGUGUAAUAUUUCUUUUAAACUAUAAGGCAUCUUUUUAUCCUAUUUUUGUGUGUGUGUGUGUUUGCAAAUGGCUAUAGACAGUAGCACUAAACUAAUCCUUCAAAAAGAAGUAAAAAUGUUUUUGUAAAAUUUUCAAAUGUCAGCCAAGUUUUGCAUUAGGGACACCUUUAUAUAUAGCAAAAGCCUGAGCUGUUUUUAAACAGCUAAAAACAGUAAUAUUUAUUACAAUCUAUACAAUUAAAACAAAUAGUGCAAUGUAAGAAAUAUUGUGUAUCUUACUGUUGAUGUAUGAGCAGGGAGCAGAGGUAUCUGCAUUUGUAUUUUUCUGAGAGUCCUAAAUGUUCUUUACCAACUUUUUCUUCCUCAUACAAGCAACAUGACAUAGUUAAGGGGGUGGACUCUGGAAUCCUGCCGCCUGGGCCCUAAUUCCAGCAUGGGGCAUGCUACUUAAUAUCUCUGUGCCUCAAUUCCCUUCCCAUAAAAGAGUAGUGAUAGUGACAACAUCUUAGGAUUGCUUUGAGGUCUAAAUGAGUUGAAAUUUUCAAAGCACUUAGAAUAGUGUCUGAGACACAAGAGCUAUAUGUUAGAGGUUAUCAUCAUCGUUAUUUGUAUUUUGUGAAUUAUGCUGCAAAAAAAAAAAAAAAAAAAAAAAAAAAAAAACAUUGGCUACCCAACAUUCAUCCCCCACCUUCUUGCUGCCAGUGCCUUGAUUUGAUUGGUUGUUGUUUGUUUUCCUAGAAGUGAUUUAGGAGCAGAUCCUGACUACACUAAGUCAGGGCUUGACAAAUGACGGUCCAUCAGACAGAUCUGGCCCACUACCCAUUUUUGUAUGCUGCAAGCUAAGAAUGGUUUUAUAUUUCUAAGUGGUUAAAAAAAGAAUACUGUGACACAUGAAAAUUAUAUAAUAUUCAAAUUUCAGUGUCCAUAAAUAAAGUUUUGAAAACAUGAAUACAAACAAAAACAUCUGUUUAUGUUUGACCUGUGGCUGUCUUUGCACUACCCCAGCAGGGUUGAGUAGCUGUGGCAGACACCUUAUGCCCUUGAGCCUAUGAUCUAGCACUUUACAAAGUAAGUUUUUCUGUUACUUAGAGCUGAAAAUAAAAACAGUGUAGAGUUAUGCUUUUAUAAAUAUUACAUGUUUCAGAAAUAAUGCAUACAGCAAUUUGUAGGUGGGUGGUUUUUUUGCAGUAUGUUUAUUUUGUGCAUUAUAUUUAUAUGUUAAGAGCCUGAGCUUAGAAAUAUUUUUUCAAAGAAUUGUGUUUUUUACUUGCUGAAUUGUCAUAACAUCAAAACAAGAAAUUUCUUGAUGGAAUGUAGCAGUAAAUAUAUGAAAUAAACAUUGUCUAAAUUAAA